GCAACAGCCUCAUAAAUCAACCACUGCGACCCAAAACUCGCAUCGAUUGCAGCAUUACGCACUGCUAUCAAUUGCCUAUACACUGCGGCCCAAAACUACGCGCCGUUUGCAGCACUCUGCUGCGCAGCAGUGCAGCACACAUUGCAGCAUGCGAGUCGUCAUCACCGGUGGUGCAGGCUACCUCGGCCAGUGCCUCGCCAGAGGCAUCCUGCGCCGAGGAGCACUGCGGACGCACAAGCACGGCGAAACAAAAGUCUCGUCCAUAGUGCUCGCGGAUCGCGCCGCGCCAACACGCUGGCACCACGAAGAAGUCCAAGAGAAGACGAAAUUGAUGAUAGGAGACGUGGGAGACGCGGCCUUCGUCGACAGCCUCCUCGCCGACGCGACGGACGUCUCGAUCUUCCACAUGGGUGCCGUCAUGUCCGGCGACGGCGAGCGAGACUUCGACGGCUGCAUCCGCACGAACCUCCACGGCACAAUCAACGUGCUCGAGGCGGCGCGGCGUGCGCCGGGCCGGCCGAAGGUGGUGUAUGCGUCGGCUGGCGCGACGCUGGGCGCCGGUGCGCCGACGGACUGGGUCACCUCCCAGGAUGUCGUGGGCGAUUUCAGUCGCGCGACGCCGCACACGACCUACGGCGCUACCAAAGCCUGCGGCGAAUUACUCCUCGCGGACUACUCGCGGCGCGGUUUUUUAGAUGGACGCGGCCUGCGGCUGCCGACGAUCUGCGUGCGCGCGGGCGCGCCCAAUGCGGCCACUACCGGCUGUUUCUCGAGCGUGGUACGAGAAACGCUCGCGGGCCGUGAUACUGUGCUGCCAAUUGCUCCGGACAUUAUCCACGCAGUCGCGGGAACGCAGAACUGCGUGAAUGGACUGAUCGACUUGCACGACGCGCCCAACGCCGACGAUGUCUUGGGCUUCGACCGCACGGUCUUCCUGCCGGCCUGUCCCGUGACGCUCGACGAGCUCCACGCCGCGACGGUCGCCGCCUGCGCGCCGGAGGAUCGCAAAAAAUUAGGCCGCGUGUCAUACGCCGUCGACGAGGCCCUCUCCGCCGCGGUGGGCUCGUUUCCGUCCCGGAUCGACAGCACGCGGGCGGAGGCCCUGGGCCUCGCGCCCGCGGCGCCGCCGGCCGCCCUCGUCCGAGAGUACUGCGAGACCUUCCCGGGCGACCUUGCGGUCGGUGUCAACGCCAAUGAUGAGACAACUGUUGCUGAAGACGACGACGACGUGGCGGUCGCUGUAGUCACCGGGGGCGGCUCGGGCAUCGGCCGGGCCGUGGCGAUACGCUUGGCGCGGGGCGGCUGGGCGGGCGGGCGGCGCGUGCGCGUCGUAAUAGCGGGCCGGCGGGCGAAAGCUCUGGAGGAGACCAAGGCCCUGUGCGGACCCGACGCCGACGUCGUGUGCGUGCCGACGGACGUGACCCGGGAGCGCGACGUCACGAGGCUUUUCGCGCGCUCGAAGCGCUGCGACCUGCUGUUCAACAACGCCGGCGUGAACGUGGGGCCGACGUCGGUGGAGGCGAUGAGCCUUUCGGACUGGCGCUGGGUCGUCGGCACGAACCUCGACGCGGCGUUCCACGUCGCGCGCGAGGCGUUCAAACUCAUGACAACGCACGGCGGCGGGCGCAUAGUCAACAACGGCUCCGUGUCGGCGGCGGCGCCGCGGCCGGGCUCCGUCGCGUACACGGCGUCGAAGCACGCGGUGACGGGCCUCACGAAGAGCCUCGCGCUGGACGGGCGACCGUUCGACAUCGCGGCGGGGCAGAUCGACUUCGGCAACGUCGUCUCCGCCAUCUCGGACGGCAUGGCCACGGGUAUGCCACAGGCCGACGGCUCGGUCCGGCCCGAGGCGCGUAUGGAGGCGUCCGACGCCGCCGACGCCGUGUUCUACAUGGCAAGUCUGCCGCUGUCGGCGAACGUGCUACAGAUGACGGUGAUGGCGUCGAAAAUGCCACUUGUGGGGCGGGGGUAAUUAACAAUUUGUAAUUUUA